GUCUGACUUACUAUUGGUGUGCUGAGUUAGGCCUGCCCGUCGCCCACUGAAAAGCUCUGUAUCUUGUCCUGAUAGUUUAAAGUAAUAUUUGGUCUAAAGAUUGAGAACACAUGUAAAACGAGGAGAUGACACAUAGUGCUUGCAUGCAAGAAUCCAAAAGUUCAAUGAUGAAACCAUUCCAGUUGGCACUUCAGGGACAUCUCCACGGUAACAGUCAGCGAUCUUCGGAGAACGAAGAUGGGCAACUCCGGGCGGAGCUCGAGAACUUGGAACUGUGGGCCAAAUUUCAAGCUGUCAACAAUGAAAUGAUUGUUACAAAGAGUGGCAGAAGGAUGUUUCCAGUGGUGCAGCUCCGCUUCAGCGGCUUGGAACCCCGCGGUAUGUAUUCGAUAUACCUCGAGUUCGUCCAACUGUCUGGGCAUCGUUGGAAAUACAUGAACGGAGACUGGGUUCCGGGUGGAAAGGCUGAGCCGGCGCCACAGCAAGCAGUGUAUAUCCACCCUGAAUCACCAAAUUUCGGCUCUCACUGGAUGGAGUCCUCCGUAUCUUUUGCUAAGGUGAAACUGACAAACAAGCCAAGCGCUCCUCAAGGACAGAUAGUUCUAAAUUCUCUUCACAAAUACGAACCAAGAGUCCAUAUCGUCAAGGUAACCACAGAAGAUGACGGACAGCACGUUGGCACGUUCAACUUUCCAGAAGCCGAGUUUGUGGCUGUUACUGCUUAUCAAAAUGAAGAGGUUACAGCACUGAAGAUAAGACAUAAUCCUUUUGCUAAAGCUUUUCUCGAUGGCCGGGAAAGGACAGAACAUCAAGUUAAAGUAGAAGUAGCAGAAACCUCAAAUGAGAUUCAAAUCCAACCGAUCAACCAAAGUGAGUAG